AUGAAAGACUUUGUCAAACCGUUCAAUGGCAAUCCCAACGAUGAUAUUAUUAAAUGGUUGGAGAGUAUUGUUCAUUAUUUUGGCAUUGCACAAAUAUCAGGUGAUAAAGAAACUUUAUAUUUUCAAUAUGCUCCAGCAUUCUUGAAGGAAUAUGCAUAUAAAUGGUGGGCAAAUCAAAAGCAUUAUAUAUUUAGUUGGUCAAUAUUCAAGCAAGCAGUGAAAACACAAUUUGCUGAAAAGAAUGAAUAUUUGAUUGCACAACAAUUCGACCAACGAAAACAGCAAAUUAAUGAACCGGUCAUCAAGUAUUAUUAUGAUAUCAUAGAUUUAUGCAAGAAAUAUGAUUCAGAUAUGACGGAUAAACAAAAAAUUCGUAAGUUAACCAAUGGACUUAAAUUAUCAUUAUAUCAAGAAGCUAUUAAAGAAACUUAUUCAACAUCAUUUGAUUUUUUAACAAAGGUACAACAACUGGAAAAUAUUCAGAAGUUGAUCGAAUUACGACAAAAUCAAACAACUCAAGUGUCAACUAUAAUUAAGAAUGAUGACAAAUUAUCAUUACCAUCACAUUCUUACCAAUCAUCGAGUCGACAACCAAACAAUUACUCGACAAGACCGACAUAUUAUUCUUCAUCAGCACAAAAUGAUUAUUCAUAUACAACACAGCAAUCGUUUCCACCACCAUCGAAUCCAUAUCCAUCAUAUGAUCACUAUGAAUGUAAUCAGAAUCAACAAUAUCCAGCAUCACAGGUUCCUCAAUCUCAGCAAAGGUACACUCAACCAUAUUCGGUUACACAACAUAAAAAUUAUUCAUCAAGAAAAUCAGAUAUUUAUUGUUAUAAUUGUGGUCAACCUGGACAUAUUGCUCGAUAUUGCCAACAAGAGACUGCAACUUCAUCAACAGGUCAACAACAACAAAAAUAUUCAAAAAACCAAUAG